AUGGUGAAGCUCAAACGCAAUUUAAAAUAUUGUAACAUAUCAGUGAAGUAUUUUAAAUAUUUACUGGUGCUGUUGGUAGUUAUUUAUAUUUGGACUACAUUUUCUUUUCAUGGAAAUUCACGUUAUCUGAUUCCUCAGAUAGAAAAAAUCCAAAAAGAUCAUGUGUUGAACAUUCCUGUAAAUCAGAAUGACGAUGGAAUUAAUGGACUUUUGACGAAUAAAACGCCUUUGAAAGAAAACAAAUGGAAACCCUCUGUACAAGAAUAUUAUAAAAGUCAUUAUGGAAAUUGUCAAUUUUCAGUGGUAAAAGAGAAUAAAAUAAGUUGUAAAAACAUUCUAGAAACUGGUAGAGGUCUGAUUUUACCUCAAGACGAGAAAAGAUUGUGUAAUUUAACCAAAAUCAGUGAAUUAUUUCGUCAAAUUAAUGGGUAUGAUAAUAAAUAUAUUACCAAUGAGGAACUAGAUUUUCCAUUAGCCUUUGGAAUUCGACUCUGUGAUUCAGAAAAUCAAGUUGAACAAUUAUUACGAACUAUUUAUCGUCCACACAAUUUCUAUUGUUUACAUGUUGAUAAACAAAACUCCAGUACCAAAACAUAUCAACAUUUAAAAUCUAUAGCCAAAUGUUUUGAUAAUGUCAUUAUUUUAUCUCAAAUACGAACAGUGUAUGGUUCUAUUAAAUUGGUUUAUGCCGAUUUAUUGUGUAUGGAAAAAGCCUUAAAUUCAAAAGUCAACUGGAAAUAUCAUUUGAACAUGGCUGGAUCGGAAAUGCCCAUUAAAACUAAUCUUGAAAUAGUAAAAAUAUGUAAGAUAUUAAAAGGUAGAAACGGCCUUGAAAGUCAACCAAUGCCUGCCAGGAGUGCAUUGCGUUAUUGA